AGUUUCCCCACUUCCCAGUCAAGCCGAGUGGGCCGAGUCAGACGAAAGGUUUUUGGUGACGUCAAACAUAACGUAGAGGCCCGAAGCUGUGAGCGCGUUCGAACUCGAAGCCGAGUAGGGCGGUAGGGCGUGAAGGUGUGUGUUUAGUGCCGCUCGCAUUAUUCAAGCCAAUGCCAAUUUAAUUAUCCAUGUUAAUUCCAAAAUCACUGAAAACACCCAGAACCCGACAUUACGACGAGUAAAGGCUUGUGCUGAUGGUAAAUCAGAUGUUAAUGCUGAGUUAAUAUGUCCAACAGUUGAAUUCAUUCGAGUGUUAGAAAUGGGGUCUGAUUGUGUGUGUGAAAUUUGUGGCUAAUAUCAGCGACAAUUAUGCCUUGGUGCUGAGCAAAAUCAGUGGUAUUUUUUUUUUUUUUAAUUUGUGUUAGUGUUUGUUACCUUGUGGGUGAUUGAAAUCAUGUUUCGGUGUAUUCCAAUAUUUCGUGGGUGUAACAGCCAGGUGGAAUACGUUGACAAGCGUCACUGUUCGCUGUCAAGCGUACCUGAUGAUUUAAUACGUUAUUCACGUAGUCUUGAGGAACUGUUGCUCGAUGCCAAUCACAUCAAAGACCUCCCCAAGAACUUCUUUCGAUUGCAAAGACUAAGAAAACUUGGACUCAGUGACAACGAGAUACAUCGACUACCACCGGACAUUCAAAAUUUUGAAAACCUCGUGGAACUCGAUGUCUCAAGAAAUGACAUACCAGACAUUCCUGAGAACAUCAGAAAUUUACGCGCUCUACAGGUGGCGGAUUUCAGCAGUAAUCCAAUACCCAGGCUACCGGCGGGUUUCGUGAAACUACGAAACCUUACAGUUCUUGGCCUCAAUGAUAUGUCUCUUACGAAUUUACCCCCAGACUUUGGAAGUUUAGAAGCCCUACAGUCAUUGGAAUUGAGAGAGAACCUGAUAAAAUCCUUGCCCGAAUCUCUCUCACAACUAUCGAAAUUAGAGAGGCUGGAUUUGGGUGACAAUGAAAUCGAAGAAUUGCCGCCUCACAUAGGUCAAUUACCAGCUCUCCAAGAGUUGUGGCUAGAUCACAAUCAACUACAACACUUGCCACCUGAAAUUGGUGAUUUGAAGACUCUUGCAUGUCUGGACGUAUCUGAAAAUCGUCUCGAGGAUUUGCCUGAAGAAAUAGGGGGUCUUGAAUCACUAACUGAUUUACAUAUAUCUCAGAAUGUAAUUGAAAAAUUACCAGAUGGUCUUGGAGAGCUUAGAAAAUUGACGAUAUUAAAAGUCGAUCAAAAUAGACUAUCAGUAUUGAAUUCUUGUAUUGGUAAUUGUGAAAAUAUGCAGGAGCUUAUUCUAACGGAAAAUUUUUUAUUUGAAUUACCACUUUCCAUUGGAAAUUUAUUGAAUUUGAAUAAUUUAAAUGUGGAUCGCAACAGUUUGCAGUCAUUGCCAACUGAAAUAGGUAAUUUAACGAAUUUAGGAGUUUUGUCGCUUCGGGACAACAAACUACAAUAUCUUCCACCGGAAGUUGGUCAAUGUGCAGCAUUACACGUAUUGGAUGUCUCUGGAAAUAAAUUGCAGUAUUUGCCAUACACAUUGAUAAAUUUGAAUUUAAAAGCAGUGUGGUUGAGUGAAAAUCAGGCUCAACCAAUGUUGACUUUCCAAACAGAUGUAGAUGAGGAGACUGGCCAAGAGGUAUUGACGUGUUUCCUUUUGCCUCAAUUGGAGUAUCAUGCCAGCGGUCCACACGAACCGGGACGCUUAGGAAUGUUGGCUGGUAUAAAGGGAGUCGUUCCUGGCGCUGAAAUGCGAGAAUUAGGAAGCAGUGACGAUGAAAAUUGGCAGGAGAAGGAGGCAUCGAGAACACACUCUGUUAAAUUUACGGACGAUGCACCUGAAGCAGACAAGGAGACACCAUUCGUGAGGCAGAAUACUCCCCACCCAAAGGAACUAAAAGCAAAAGCCCACAAACUAUUCAGUAAAGGAAAGAACGACAGCAGAUCAGGCUCCACCGACGAACAGGAUGUGUCACAAACAUUUGGUAUUGAUAAAACUGAGUUUGACAAUCCACAUGAGGAGUCUCAGAAUACUGGAGAACAACCAGAGCCAGCAUAUCAUAAUACUACGCACGAGGAAGUUACGGCCUCUCAAACGGAAACUGUGAACGAUGGCUCAGUAGAGCACAUACCUGAUGAGAGAGAUCAAACGCCUUCUCAACCGACGCCAGAGCCACAAUUUCACACAUCAGAUGCUGAGAUGAAGGAAUCAGUGUUGGAAUUCCGUGGUAGGGAUGAUGAUGAUUCUCAGUGCGACGAUACGCAGAGACACGUUGAAUUUACAAUAUCGGAAGAAGCUGAUUGUGAGGUUGGGGGUGAAACGGGUAAGCCGAACAGGCUACAUCGCCGUGACACCCCUCACCAUCUGAAAAACAAACGAGUACAUGAUACAAUUGACAAGGAUAAAGUUGCAUCAAUCAUCGCACAGGCACUGAUGAAGAAAAGUGAGGAUACGUCAGCUUCAGUCAGUCUUCCAAUAGAAUCCAUCGAUAAUUAUGAUAUGCACAGUCAAGGAGCUACGUCAGAUGUUGAACCAACGUUGGAGGUGCGCGAAGAGCAGUAUGAAAUUCAUAUAGAAAGAACAACUGGAGGCUUGGGAUUAUCAAUAGCUGGAGGAAUUGGAUCGACGCCGUUCAAAGGCGAUGAUGAAGGAAUUUUUAUUUCAAGAGUUACCGAAGGUGGUCCCGCAGAUUUAGCUGGUUUACGAGUAGGUGACAAAGUUAUCUCGGUAAAUGGAGUUUCAGUAGUUGAUGUAGACCACUAUGAUGCAGUUGAAGUUUUAAAGGCAUGUGGUCGUGUACUCAUACUUGUUAUUCUCAGAGAAGUUACGCGGAUAGUACCACCAUCAGAGCUAUCAACGAGGAAAGACUCAUUAUGCUCGAGCUUAAGUACAAGUCGUGCACCGAGUGCUACAUCGUAUGUUUCUUCAACAGCUAUGUCACAUAAUCUUGAAAAUGGCGAUAGUCUCCCUCGCGAUGGAAACAAAGUCAAAAAAAUUCCCGAACCCUUGCCGGUUAUGAGAACAGAAGAGCCAUUAGUACCAGUUCUCGUUCACACAACUUUAAUUCGAGAUCAAAAUGGAUUGGGAUUCAGCAUCGCCGGGGGGAAAGGUUCGCAACCCGCUAAAGAUAAUACAGAUGCGAUCUUCAUUUCGAGGAUAACUGACGGUGGAGUAGCCCAGAAAGACGGAAAAUUACUUGUAGGUGACAAAGUGAUAUCGAUAAACGGAGUUGAAAUGACAGGAGCCCGUCACGAGCAAGCAGUGGCAAUGUUAACUGGUUUGGAAAGAUUCGUUCGACUGGUAGUCGAACGUGAAAUACCCUUUUCCCAGGCGAAUUCAGCCCUGCAAUUAACCCCAUCUGAAAAAUCCCCCCGACUAAUAGGUGGACCAAAACCGUACACUGGUUUAUACUCAGCAAAUAGCUACAUGGCCAACAGGCCAGGUUACACUGGCUACCGUCGAUCGAUGGACGCUGACAAAGCUCUAUCUCCAAGUCCAACGUCGAAUAUAUCACCCCCAACGCCAACACCAGCACCAAUGGGACCCAAAGGCGAACCAGUGAAUGGGGUUCCCAAGAUGAAUGGCUUAUCGGAUAACCCAAAAACUACAAAUCCCUAUCCCCAGCCAGCCCCGAGGCAGAGUGUUGGACAGCAACAGCAACAGCAACAAGCACAGCAGCAGCAACAGCAACAGUCGCCACCUGGGGAUAGAGCAACGUCACCGCAGGAAGAUAUACAGGUACCGAAGCCAAUCACCAAUGAGGAAUUUCAGGCCAUGAUUCCCGCUCACUUCCUACGACCUCCGACCUCCUCGCCCUCGCCAGACUCCCAGCAAGGUCCUGUCGUCACUGUUACUAUCAAGCAGCCUGAUCAUCUUCCUGGUGAUGUUAAUUUCCCACCAGCGCCUACAACACUUGGUAAAGUUACCGAGGUCAUCACUAAAAGUACACUCACCGAGACUGUCGUCACACGUGUCACUGACAAUCAUCUGGUACUACCGGUUAUCAUUGAGGAUGUCGUGCUUUUGAAAGAGGGAUCUCUUGGAUUCAGCAUCAUCGGUGGAACUGAUCAUUCCUGUACGCCUUUCGGAUCAACAGAGCCCGGUAUUUUUGUUUCCCAUGUUGUACCUGGUGGUAUAGCAGCAAAAUCAGGAAAACUUCGUAUGGGAGACAGAAUAUUGAAAGUAAAUGGAACUGAUGUAACAAAAGCAACACAUCAAGAAGCAGUAAUGGAGUUACUGAGGCCCGGUGACUCAAUAGUCCUCACAGUCCAGCACGAUCCACUGCCCCAGAGUUAUCAGGAACUCACCAUUGUGAAAGAACCUGGUGAGAAGCUGGGCAUGCACAUUAAGGGCGGAUUGCGUGGACAACGAGGCAAUCCAUUGGAUCACAGUGAUGAGGGUGUCUUCAUAUCUAAAAUCAAUUCAGGUGGUGCAGCUAAAAGAGACGGUAGACUAAAGGUUGGCAUGAGACUCUUAGAGGUAAACGGUACAUCUUUACUUGGAGCAACGCAUCAGGAGGCCGUGAAUGUUCUUCGUUGUUCGGGAAAUACAAUUACACUAGUUGUGUGCAAGGGUUAUGAUAAAAAUGAAGUAGAAUAUUUAUUGACUCUCUCGGGUAGAGAUUCGAAAGAGUCGAGAGUCUCCGAAACAGAGCAGAAAGAAUCACCGAUUGAUGGACUGAAGUCAUUGUCACAGAGUGUCUCCAGUCUUGACAGGGACGACGAGGAGGCGGCGACACUGCGACAGGAGCAGGAAAUGAAAGCGGAAAUGGUGGCUUGGGAACAAGAGGAUCGUGAACGUGCACUCAUUGAACAUCGUGAGAAGUCUACACCCGAAAAGGUAUUGGAUGUAGUGCGGGCAGCUGAAUCAUUAGUGAAUAAACCGAAUAGUCCAGUUGAUAUACCAGUACCACCAAAAUCACCAGGUGGACCAAAAGAUCUCAAAACAACGACUAUUGUUAUGAGUAAACACACAUUGGCACCUCAAAAUCCAACUCCUUUACAGUCAAUAAAUAAUGAUGGAUCAGGAACAUCUGUGGAUCCUUCAACAUCACCACCUCCAGUAUUAAAUGAUGCAAAAUUAUUUUCCGAUGUUGUUACCACUAAUCUCGAUGAUACACAUCAAUUUCAAACAUUACCAAUGUCAAAAAGUAAAAAUACGACAAAACGUUCUGUUGCGUUUGCAACACUUCCAAGUCCUUAUAAAAAAAAUGAUAGUAAUGUCACACCAAUUGUCAAUUAUUCAACUCAUCCGUUCAAUACAUUUCGUGAUCAAUCUGCCGAUUAUUUGUGUGAAAAACCAUCGAGUAUUGAAUGUGGAAUAAAUACAACGCGUUAUCGCCUGCCACCAACGCCACUUACAAGUUCUGGAUCUAUUGGAUAUAUUGAUACACCCAGUUCAUUUAACAAUAGACAGAUUGCACGCUCUGUUCAUGGACAAGGGAUGAAUGAGCCAUCACCUACGCCAUCUCCAACACCGGCUCCACCAGUCAAAAUGUCUGUCAGUGAUCGUAAGCGAUUGUUUGAGAAUGCGAUGGAAGAACAUCUCAAACCAUCUCCAAAACCAGAGAAAGUAUUUAGUUUCCUGAGUCAGGAUGAGGUAGAGAAGAUGAAGGCCGAAGAAGAGAAAAAAAUAGCAACACUUACCAGGGACGAGCUGAAGUCAUGGGCUCAGAUUGACGAAAUGGAAGGUAUGGACGAAUCUGAGGAUGCUCUGGAAGACCAGGAUAACAGACGACCUAAUAGUCGAUUGAGCUCGCGAAGUUCAAUACCUUCGUUAAAAGGAAUACCGGGUAUCGUCAGGACCGCCAAGGCUGAACGACGGUUUAAAGAAAAACUCAUCCAAGAGGGAUUGAUAUCGGACGACGAUGAAGAGAGUUCAUUAUCUCCAGCCGAGCAGAGAGCCCUUAGAGCGGAAAAACGUGCGGCCUGGAGGCAAGCGAGAUUGAAAUCCCUGGAACAAGACGCACUCCAGGCUCAGAUGGUGAUAAAGAAAAUGAAUGAAAUCAUGGACACAUCAGGGACCCCUAAGGAUGAUAUCUCAUCCACAUCUCACCCCCAAACAUUACCCCCAGAACCAGAAAAAACAAGUGAGUUCGCUACAUUACGGCCUUCGAGUGCGGAUUUUCCUAAGCUUGCCGUGCGCAGCAAAGUGGGACCGCCAAAGGCCGUACGCGAAUCAGAAAAAGUUGUCGACGAAAAGGUAACUCGUCGCACUGAGGAAUACGUCGACGAGAUCACUGGUGAACGUCGUGUACGAACUGUUGAAUACGUCGAGAAGCUCAUUGAGCGGGAGGUGGAAACAUUGAGAGAAAAAAUCAUAUCCCUGGAGCUGAGUAAUACCGAAGAAGAUGCUGACAACGGAAAAAAUGAUACUUGUGUAAGUGAUGCUGAGAGUGAGAGUGAAGGUAUUACCAGACAAGAGUCUAUAAAUGCAACUGUUGAGAGUUCAGAAUCAUAUAUUUGCACGAGUCCAACAUCAGAGAAUGCUCCAAACAUUGGAAAGACAGGAACUAACGGUGGAAAUGCGAAGAAGAAGAAACGAAAACGCUCGAAACGUGGACGUAAUUAAAUGUUUUAAUAAUCGAGGUGCAUUACUGGUGCGAUCCUUCAUGUGAAUGCUUGCAUCGAGUUAUAUUAAUUAGAAAUUUUAUAAUCCAAUGCCUAGAGUGGAGAUGCUAAAUGAAUAUAACGAUAAUGAGAAAAAAAGAUGAAGAGAUGUUACAAUAAUAUGUAAUUACUGCAGCAAGAUGGAUGAAGAGGAAAAUAUGGAACUGAAUUUAACUUUUACUGAACAUAUUACAGGGAGUCGGAUUAAUCCUGCCAUUUCACUGUACUUUUAUGUUCAUUAUAAACAAAUUUCCGUAACAAAGUGUUUAAAAUAGUUCUGCCCUUUUUGGAAAUUUCAAAAAAUAUGGAAAACUACACUAAAUUUUUAGACAACACGAUCACAUUUGGAAUCGUAAUUUUUUCCUUAAUUGAAUUAUCGUUUUCGUUUUAAAAAAAAAAAGUUAUAAAAUCAAAACUCGACACAGUGUCUUCUGGGGGAAUUUAUAUUUCCGUCGUAGCUAAAGACUAAAAUCUGAAUUUUUCAUCAUUAAACGUAAACAAAUCAAGGAAUUGUUUAAAACUAUAAAAAAGGUAAUUCGCCGCCUGUGAAACGCGUUUUAUGAUUUGUUUAUAAGAAGGAGAUGUUUAAUCAAAUCAGUAGUGUUGGAAAUUUAAUUUAGAUUGUACUCACUAUGUAUGAUUUUUUUUCGAAUUUUAAUCAUCAAAAGUUUAGAAAUUUUGGCAACUGAAAAUAUUCAAAAGCAGCAUAUCCAGUCGAUAAAAUACCGACCCAAGGGUAGACCUACUUUAAUCGGAAAGUAAUGAAUACAAAAUAACUGCACAUUCCUUACACUGAAGUGAAUUUCUCAACGUUUUUUUUAUAAAUAAAAUCAUCUUGCCCGAUGUCGUUUAGUAUGAAAUGCAGCAAUGAACCAUAACCAUAAAUGAACAAUUAAUGCAGGGAUUCCCGAGGAAAUGAGGGGACGUGCAAAUGGUUCAAGAAACUUCCACAGGAAGUACAUGGGACUAGAAAACAAUGAUAUAUAGAGUUGAAUUUUUUAGAUUAUUUUUCCCAUCCAAAUCUUGGCCAAUAGGAUUGCACCAUUCGACGUUAUUUUGUAUAGUCAACACGGUAUUUCAGCGGAUAUUCUUGGAAAUUUCACUGGAAAUUUUGCAUGUUGAUAUAUAUAAAAAAAAACAAAUGUUGAAGUAACCCUCAAUUGUAUCUGACAGAUUAAAUGGCAAUUCGUUGAAAAUUAUGUCUCAUGGUGCAAUUCUAUCGGCCAAGAUUUGGAUGCAAAAAAUAAUCCCCCGAAUACCACUCGAACUUCGAAAUUAUCUGAUAUUUCCCUCAAGGUUCCCUGCAAACAAAUAAGCUCGUCAAGUUUUCCAGAAAAAUCACUCGCGCUUCGCGCUCGUGAUUUUUAAACUGGAAAACUUGACACGUUCAUUUGUUUGCAACGAACCUAUCGGGAAAUAUCCGAUAAUUUCGGAGCUCUUGUGGUAUUACAUGCGAUUAUUUUUCCCAUCCAAAUCUUGGCCAAUAGGAUUGCACCAUUCGACGUUAUUUUGUAUAGCCAACACGGUAUUUCAGCGGAAAUUCUUGGAAAUUUCACUGGAAAUUUUGCAUGUUGCCUAUAUAAAAAAAAACAAAUGAUGAAGUAACCCUCAAUUGCAUCUGACAGAUUAAAUGGCAAUUCGUUGAAAAUUAUGUCUCAUAGUGCAAUUCUAUCGGCCAAGAUUUGGAUGCGAAAAAUAAUCCCCCGAAUACCACUCGAACUUCGAAAUUAUCUGAUAUUUCCCUCAAGGUUCCCUACAAACAAAUAAGCUUGUCAAGUUUUCCAGAAAAAUCACUCGCGCUUCGCGCUCGUGAUUUUUAGACUGGAAAACUUGACACGUUCAUUUGUUUGCAACGAACCUAUCGGGAAAUAUCCGAUAACUUCGGAGCUCUUGUGGUGUUAUAUGCGAGAAUACUCUUUCAUUAAUUUCAAAAUUUAUUCCGAAAGUCCGAACUCGACUGUUCACACAGAUUUUUGCCAACUGAAAAUUACGAUGCUUUUGGAAAAUUCGGAAACGAAUUCUCCCCAAUUCCAACGGAAACUAAUUUGCGCAAUUAUAUUCUCUCAAUAAUUAACUAAAAAUGUUACAAAUAAAUGUACACGACCACCAUUACCCGGAAUGAGAGAGACACAGGACGAGUUUCUGAGAUAAAUUUCACAAAACCAAAUGAUGUUCCACGAACAAUCUGUCUUUUUGAAUAGAUUCACAAUAAAUUAAUUGACCCCGAUCUUCGUAGUUAUAGAUUUGUAAAAAAAAUAUUGACGACAAUCAAGAAAACGUCACGUUCUAUUAUCCAAUCAAUGAAACCCAACUGUACGUAAAUACUUAGAAGAAAUUAUUUCAGCUUUCAAAUGUCUAAAAAAUUUAAUAUUGCGCGUAUUUCGAAGGAUUAAUAAUAAUACUGUUUACCAUUCCCAAUUAAGUUGAAGAUGACAAUACGUUCAUUCGUUAUUUUUGCCAGCGCUUUGCUCUCUGCGAUUUCGGGAAUUAUUGGGGGAAAAUAAUUCUGAGAGAAUUUUUUUUCGAGAAAUGAUGACAUCCGAUCAUUAAUUUUCUAUGUCCCAAAUAAUAAAUUCCAGACCGAAUUAUUUUUCAGCCCUUGUCCUGUUUAUAGUAUUUAUCAUGAUUUAUUGAACCAUAAAUCGCGAGGAUUACUGUCCUCUAAAGAGAAUUUCAUACAGAAAUUUGAAAAAUUGGACGGAAAUGGUCAUUUGCUCUCUCACAAAUGAACCCAUUAUGAGGAAAAUAAUAGUAUGAGAUUCAUCAACAUUUGUAGAUUAAGACAAUUUUAUUUAGUUGAGAGUAUACAAAUAUCAACUGUAAAAGUUAAUAUCUUCGAUUUAACGAGAAGAGGUCCACCGUAAUUGAUUCAAAUUAAAACUGAAAUUGUAAAUUAAAUAUUGUAAGAAAAUUGUCCCAGAAUCUGGGUAUUGGAGUAAAUGACAUUAGACGUGGAUUAUUUCCCACAGGUUAAGGGUAUAAAUGCAAAAGACAAUAAGAAAAAGGCUUAAAUUUCACUGAUAGUGAAGCAGUGAAAACAGCGUUAAUAUGCAGUUUAUAAAUUAUUUAACUGAGAUGAGCAACUCAAUUAUGAUUGGCAUCAAAUGGUACUGGAAUUUCGCUGCUUCCCCCGUAAUUAAGAGAAGCCCUCAGCAGAGGUCCGGUGAUCAAAUUAACUUCCUUAAUUACACAGAAACUAAUUUUUUUAUUUCGAUGGAACCUAAUUUUCGACGUGAGAAUCACAACUGCACGUCCAAAUGUGGGUUCCAUCGAAAUCAACAAAUUCUGUGUCUCUAAUUAGAAAAAUUAAUUUGGUCACGUGACUCCUCUGAUAGAUGGCCCUUAAUCAUUGAUAUUGCUCAUGUAGCGUUGCCUUGAAAUUUAAUAGAAUUACAUAAGAGCAGAUUCAUAUUUAAUUGGAAGAGUACAGGGCUGACGUUGAGGAUUUUUGUGUCAAUUUCGUAUUUUUUAUUUAUUUCAUUUUAUUUUUAUCAAUUUAAAGUGAAGUAGCCCGUGUAAUAGUGUUUUUCCACUGUCAUUAAAACUACACUAGAUAUUUUCUACUUUUUUCCUUAUGGUUUAAUUCGGUUUGUAAAUUACAGAUUUAUUAAUUAGUUUUUCAAAUAUUUACAAAUAAAUUUAGUAUAUUUUUUAUCUGUUGCAUGCGCAGAUUGUUUAGUCAUAAAAGCGGUCUUGUGUCAAUUUCUUUCAGAAAAGUAUUCAAUUAUUAGUCAAAAAUGUUGAAAAUAUGAACACUGAAAAAUAUUAAUUAUUGACGGGGUUGUAAUCGAUUGAGAAAGCCUAACUUUAUCCAAAAUAAUUAUUUCCACAGGGGGUUUUAUUGACGUUCAAAGUCAUCAUUUUUACUGAACAAUAUUAUAGAUAAUAAAUAAAUGAAUAAUUUUCACUGAACAUUUCGCUUGAGCACUUUGAAACGUUUUUUACAAGACCAAGUCAUUAUCAAAAAAUCAUAUAAUCGCUAAUUAAAAAUUAUUUUGAAUUUUUUCUAAACUGCUGUUUAAUCACCCUCUUGCCCUCAUUAAUUGAUACAAAAAUCCACAACAUCUUAAUUUGUUUGUCUGCCGACUUGACAUGAAUGUGCUGAUAUUUUUCUUAAACUGGGGCUAAACAUAUUAUCGGAUGAAGCAGAUUCUUCGUAAAUAAUUUAUGCAUGUGCUCGAAAGUUAAUUAAUCAAUAACAUGUCUGAGCGAUGGGACCAGCGGGUAAAAUGUCCAUCGAUACGAUGGAUCCAUCCAGUUGUUUAACUUUUAGAAAAAUUUCAUGAUUUUUCUGUUUACUCGAAUUAAUAUUUUUAUUUCACGCUAUUUCACAUUUUUUAUAAAGCCAUUAUUUUCUGUAUUUUGCAUAACGUUUUGUUAAAUUCAUAUCGCCCAUAAAAUUCUCAUUCAUUGUGUUAAGUUCCAUACAAGAGAAAAGGAGGGCUAUAGUAACAAUAUAUAAAUCACUUGCACUGUGCUUGAUAAUGAUUUUUCCAUUAAGAGGAAUAGAAUAGAUAAAAUGAAAAAUAAAAAAUGUAUUUACAAAUAUCGUUACUACGAAGAUUGAAUUAUGCUGUGGAAAGGAGAAAGAUAAAUAGUUAAUUAGUUAAUGGGUAAUGCGGACACUGAAUUUAUCGACUAUUUAAUUUUUUCUCUAGGUUUUGAUGGAAAAAAAUACAAAUAUAUAUAUUUAUUACUGUCAGCUAUAUUCUUUAAUGAGCAAUAUUUAUACGUUUUAUAAUGUUAUACGUGUAAUUGUAUGUGGAAAUAUCAUGUAGGUGAACAUUCAUUAAAGGGAAAUGAAUGAAUACUUGUUA